AUGCAAACAUCGACUUUGUAUGUUGCUGGAGCCGUCUAUCUCCUUCUCGUUGCCAAUUUCUAUAAAGAAUCUGGAGGAUUCAACAGACACUACAACGCCAUGUAUGCUGUAUGGAAAGUGAUCCCAAUAGUGUUUCUGGUGGUUUUUGCUGCCGUCAAUGGAGGCGGUGUAUCGCAAAAGAACCGCGCAACCUGUGCUCUCGGACUUUUUUUCGGCGCAAUAGGUGAUGUCUUACUCGGUCUCAGUAAGCAUGGUUUGGUACCAGGAGCAAGUGCAUUCGGUGUAGGACAUCUCUUCUACAUGUCACAUUUUAUCUCUCGUCCUCUGAAGAUUUUUCGCCCGCUUGUGUACGUCACAGCAGCCUGGACAUCUGUAGUAGCAAAAAUGGUAUUUCUUCCAAUCUUAGAGGAACAUCCAAUCGCAGUUUCGAUCCUUUUCAUUUAUUCCGUACUAAUUGCAUUAUGUCUUGUUAUGACUGCUUCUCAUUAUAUUCAUAGGAAUGCUGGUGAUGAAGACAAAGUGCUUAUCAUGGCUCAUGGCGGAUAUAGAAUUCCACUAGCUGAAAUGAUAACUCUCGGCACGUACUACUCAGCUCAAUAUCUCAUUUUGUGCGGCAAUAUUCACUCAGGUCUUUAUGUUAAACAAAGAUACCUAACUCAUGCUUCAAAUUACGGGUAA